ACAGUUGUCAGUUAGUAGUUACCUUUGGUCAUCUCAACAAUAGUGCUGAGUGCAAAACGAUAACGGCUAAUGUUUAAGUAGCAAGUUGCAAUUCUUAAUAAAAUAUCUAAAGAAAGAAAAGAUGAGUGAAAGAAAUAGCAAAGCCAAAAAAAGUAUUGUCUGGAAAUAUUAUACGAAGAAAGAUUACGUAUUUGCUACAUGUAAUGUAUGCACAAAAGCUAUAAAACAUGCAGGCAAUACAACAAAUUUGAUGCAGCAUUUACAAAGAAAGCAUUUACUACAUAUAAGUGAAAAUCAAAGAACAGUACAAAAGAAUACUGAAAAUGAAGACAAUACAAAUAACAUUAACGAAAAUAUGACAAAUGAUCAGGAAAUGAUUAAUAAUACUGAAAUAGAAGAAAAUGAAGACAUUGAUGAUCCUACAUCUACACUUACAGUACAAAAUAAGUGCAAUCAAAUUGAUACUGCCUUUCAACGCAUCACUUCGUUCAGAG